UCCCUUGGUACAGGGCUGUUUCCAGACUCCAGGGGUGAGGGGCAUCAGGCUUUGAAGCCUCAGCGCUCCCUGUGGUCGUCUGAUUCCUGCGACCUUGGGUUCUGCUUCCUCUGCUGGGCCUUCCUGGCCAUGGCAGCACCGGGUCUGGUGUGCCCUGGCUUCCUGUUGCCACACACCUGUUCGCGCUGUGCCUCUGGUCUAAUGAUGCAAACGUGGUGUGUGAGUCCGGCAGGCAGUGCCUGUUGCGUCACCUUCCAGCUGAGCCAGAGCGGUCCCAAGUCCACAGUGUCCUGAGGGGAGGAAGUGCUCCGUCCCAGCAGCGCAUCCGGAUGACCCUAGACAUUGCAGCCCCUUGAAUGGUGUCAGGAGAUGGGUUUCAAGUUCAAGCUUAGAAGGGGAGUGGCGAGGAAUCACCCCGUUUGGGGUCUUCCUGAGCGAGCGCACAUUUCCUGUUUGCCAGCCCUUCCUUCUGCGGCUCUUCUGGGGUGUGGGGGGCUGAGGGAUUCAGAGGGAAGCUAACCAGCAAGUCAAGCCACAUUCGCCCUGAGACGCAGUGGUGGGACUUGAACUCAAAGCUGGGGCUGGAUUGUGGGAAGGGCCUGCCCCAUGCCAGGCCCAGAGCUAAGGCUGGCAACCACAGUCAGACCGUGAUGAUUUCUACAUUGGAGUCCUGAGCGCCAGGCUGACCGAGGUGCCCACCCACGUUAAAACUGGUGGGCUGAGCUCCUUGGGGGCCUAGACUGGAUUUGUCUUCUGAAUCCAGUCAUCCUGUGGAAACACUGCUGCCACAUGGCCACACCCCCUCAGCAGGGAAGCCUCAGGGUGAAAGGCCAGCAGGAGGCCCUGCUGUGAGUUGUCAGAGGAGGAACCCUCAGGGCCUCUGCACGCCACCCACGGAGGGCCCGAGGGCGUCCACAGCCAACCGCUCGGAUCUGAACUCGGGCAAGGGUCCCUUUGGUACCCGAGGAGCCGCAGCCUGAGGAGGGGAAAGGACAUGAGCUCCUGUGCAGGGCUGUGCCCAGCCAGUCCGUGAGAGUGAGCAGCGAGUCAGGCCCCAGGGCCAGGUCGAGAAGCCUCAGGCAGCAGGGUUGGAGGGGCCAGGGUGUUAGGGACAAGGCCAGUCCCUGUCACCAGAAGGAAGGGAGCAGUGAGCGCCUGGGGGAGAAGGGGUCUUUAGGCUGCUCACUGGGCCAGGAGUUAGGACAGCCGGUGUGCACCUGUGUGUGCCUGCAGGGCGGAGAAGGAAGCCCGGCAGGAGAAGGGCACCUGGUGACUGGGACUGUUGGUGGCAGUGGAGGGCAACCACAACCUUGGAGCCAGAGGCAAAGCUGUCCCAGGAGUCUGGCAGAUGGACCAGGUGCAACAGGGCCUACACGAACGUGGAGAAGUAGCCGCUUGCCUAGCAGCAGGUGCUCUGUCCGUCCCACCAACAGAAAAUGACAACACCUGUGGUGUGACCACCGCACGCUCAGCCUUGUGGGCUGUGGCAUCAUGGCCUCAUGACAGCCAGGUCCCAGGGGCCAUGCGGGCAGGUGUGGUGUCCAGGAAGGAGAGCAGCAUCGGCACUGCUGCCAACAUCAAGGACCUCAGUGGGCAGCUGGACCAAGGGAAUGGGGCCUGUUUGGGUGGGAAGCAGACACUUGAGACAAACAUCGACUGUUCUUCAGAGCCCAACUGCACAGCUGUUUGACAGAGCCCUAGCUGGGGCUACACAGAAGCUUGGCUGACUGGGUCGGGGUGGCCAGGGCAGAGUCCUCCUUUCUUUCUGUUUCCCAGCCGCCUUUGACCACCUCUGUCUGCCUCUCUCCCUCCGUCCCUCAGAGUCUGCACCGGCGGGGCGUCCGGGGAGUCUUCCAGUUCUGAUCCUGCGGCUCCAUCGCCCCCUCGUCCCCCGCCCCAGUCAGGCACCUGGGUCUUUCCCGCUGGUGCCAGGUAGCCCAUGGGGUCAGGCCGCGUAGUGUCCCCUGGCCAGGAAGCAGCGGCUCAGCCAUGCGUGCACCAGGGUUGGGGCGACCCUGGGUCGGACUGCUCGGGUUCACCUUCCUUCUCCUGACCAACCGAGGGGCCGAGGGGCCGGCCCUGCCCCUGUCCCGAGGCUGCUCCUUACCAGCGCUGCUCGGCAGCUGCCCUCUACCCUCCGCCCUCUGCAGGAAUCCACUUCAUGAGGCCCGGGUGGCCGGCUGGGUGUGCAGGCGAAACCCCGCCCUGGGGUCCCGAUCUUUGCCCCCUCCCGCUGGCCGCGCCUCCCAGCACGGCGGGCUGCCCGGCCUUUGUGUCUGGCGGAGACGGCAGCUGCUGCACGGGAGGAGGCACGGGCUGUGCAGUGGACCCAGGCCAUGGGGGCUGGGCUCCUGCUCCGGGCCGCCUGUGCUGCACUCCUGCUCCUGCCUCCCAGGGUGCCAGGCCGAGGCCCCUCGGAGAGGACGCAGCCCCGGCCCUUUGCAGCCGAGAGGGAGGGCACCCAGGAGCCCCCAGUGCUGUCUGUCUCCGCAGGCGCCGCCUGGGCCCCCACGUCUGCCUCUCGAGCUUCGGAAGUGGCUGCUGCCCUGGCUGGAUGCCCUCCGUAGGCAGUGGGCACUGCACCCUGCCCCUCUGCUCCUUCGGCUGUGGGAGUGGCAUCUGCGUCGCACCCAACGUCUGCUCCUGCAAGGAUGGAGAGCAAGGGGCCACCUGCCCAGACGCCCACAGCCCCUGCGGGGAGUACGGCUGUGACCUGGCCUGCAACCACGGUGGGUGUCGGGAGGUGGCCCGAGUGUGCCCCGUGGGCUUCUCGAUGACGGAGACCGCCGUGGGCGUCCGGUGCACAGACAUCGAUGAGUGUCUGAGCUCCUCCUGCGAGGGCCGCUGCGUGAACACGGAAGGCGGGUUUGUGUGUGAGUGUGGGCCGGGGAUGCAGCUGGCUGCCGACCGCCACAGCUGCCAAGACAUGGACGAGUGCCUGCAGACGCCCUGCCAGCAGAGAUGCAGGAACAGUGUGGGCAGCUACAAGUGCUCCUGUCGGGCCGGCUUCCACCUCCACGGCAACCGGCACUCCUGCGUCGAUGUGAACGAGUGUCAGAGGCCACCGGAGAGGCGCGUCUGUCACCACGCCUGCCACAACACGGUGGGCAGCUUCCUGUGCACCUGCAGACCCGGCUUCCGGCUGCGAGCUGACCACAAGUCCUGCGAGGCUCUCCCCAAGGCACUGUCAGGGCCCUCGGCCAUCCUGCAGCCCAGGCCCCCCGGAAUGGCCCUUCUGCUUCCGGAGGCUGGCCGGCCGGGCCUGUCCCCAGGACACAGCCCCCCUCCUGGUGCCCCGGGCCCCCUGGCCGUGGUCAGGGCCACCCGCCCUCCAGCCCCUGCGUGGCUGCCGUCCACCCCGAUGGCCACCCCAGUGCCUGCUGCCACCCUGCUGGGGACCCUCGGGCCCCCCUUCCUCCUCCACGGGGGGGCGCUGGCCACCCCUUCCUCCCCCCCUGGCCCCAAGGACCGGAGCCUGCCACCAGGACCCUCUCCCUGCUGGCACCUAGGAGUCACGUAUGCCUCAGGGAGCCGCUGGGCCAAGCCGGGGUGCAGGCAGUGCUGGUGUGAGGACGGGGAGGUGACCUGUGGGGAGGUGAGGUGCGAGGCCACGUGCUCCCACCCGGCACCCCCGGAGGAGGGGAGGUGCUGUCCCUCGUGCACAGGCUGCUUCCACAGUGGCGCUGUGCGGGCUGAAGGGGCCGUGUUCUCUCCGCCUGGCAAGAACUGCACUGUCUGCGCCUGCGUGGCGGGGAAUGUGUCCUGCAUCUACCCUGAGUGUCCUCCUGGCCCCUGCGAGGUGGCCUCGCCCUCCGACUGCUGCACCUGUGUCCCAGUGAGGUGCUUCUUCCAUGGCCACUGGUACACGGAGGGGGCUGUGUUCAGUGGGGCGGGUGAUGACUGCACCACCUGCGUCUGCCAGCACGGGGAGGUGACAUGCUCCUUCACGCCGUGUCCCGAGCUGGACUGUCCCCGCCAGGAGUGGCGGCUGGGGCCCGGCCAGUGCUGCUUCGCCUGCCGAGAGCCCACGGCCCGCUCAGGCUGCUCCCUGGAUGACAAUGGGGCCGAGUUUCCGGUGGGACAGAUCUGGUCGCCCGGCGACCCCUGUGAGUUGUGCAUCUGCCAGGCAGACGGCUCGGUGAGCUGCAGGAGGACAGACUGCGUGGACUCCUGUCCCCACCCCAUCCGGAUCCCAGGGCAGUGCUGCCCGGACUGCUCAGCAGGCUGCACCUACACCGGCCAGGUCUUCUACAACAACGAGACCUUCCCUUCGACACUCGACCCGUGCCUCAGCUGCAUCUGCUUGCUGGGUUCGGUGGCCUGCUCGCCCGUGGACUGCCCCAUCACCUGCACCUACCCCUUCCACCCUGACGGCGAGUGCUGCCCCGUGUGCCUCGACUGCAACUACGAGGGCAGGAAGGUGGCCAACGGCCAGGUGUUCACGCUGGAGGACGAGCCCUGCACGCGCUGCACGUGCCAGCUGGGAGAGGUGAGCUGUGAGAGGGCCCCCUGCCCUCCGGCCUGCGCCCAGCCCACCCUGCCCACUCCUGCUGGGCACUGCUGCGCCUCUGCCUCCUGCCCAGGGUCCCCGAGUCUGCUGGACGAGAAGCCGGGGAUGUCCUCUGCUGGAGCCGCCCGCAGCCCCCAUGGACACACGGAGGCCCCUGGCACCUGCAGCUCCUGCCCGGGGCGGCCCCCAGCAGCCCGGCCGAGGCCUGUACUGCCGCUGCGCCAGCUGCUCUUCGGGGCCAACGCCUCUCGCUUGCUCCCCGAGCGCACAGGUCGGCAGGAAGCCUGGGCCUCGCCGCAGUGGGAAGCAGGGGGCCCUUUCCCAGGGGCGCCUGGCUCUUCCCCAGCGCCUCCAGCCUCCUCUCUGCCUCCGGCCCCUCCAGGGCAUCCCCGUCCUGCCUCGGGGCCCACGCUCCUGGCCGAGGCUUUGCCGUCCUUGGUGACGGUCCCCAGCCCGGCUAGGACUCCCGCCACCGCCCCUGGGCUCUCGGAGGCCACCCCACCGCCCAGCUCCCAGCAGCCCUCCACGGGGACCCCCGGAAGGAAGAGUCCCCCGUCUGAGGCGCCCCUGGCCUGAGGGACUGGGGGUGAGGCCGCUGAGGGACGCAGGCCAAGUCCAGGCACAACAGCAGGGCCGGCCGCCGGGCUGUGGUGGGCUGGCUCCCAGCUGUCCCAUGAGAGGGAGGGGUCUGCGCUGCCUGCCCAGGCCUCCCCGGGCCACAGGGAGGCCACGCCGAUGGCUUCCGAGGGGCCGGGGCUGCCCACCGCAGUGCCCUGAAUAAAUGGCUUGUUUCGCCAGUC